AUGUCAAUACCAGUUUCAUUCAUCCAGAAGCUUGGCAGAGGAGAUUUGGAGUAUGUUCCCAGAGAAGGUUGGGGUGGACUUGAUGGUCAAAACUACGUCAAAGAAAGUAUCCAACUUACUCCUAUAUCCAAUGUGAGGAUAGUAUCCACAGGAGAGCGUGAGGAUAGGUGCAGCAAUGUAUCCGAGUGUGCACAGGUCCUCCGCAGGAUACAGAAGUACCACAUGAAGUUUUGUGGCCUUGAAGACAUCGCUUACAACUACAUGAUAGGAGGAGAUGGCAGGGUAUAUGAGGGAAGGACGUGGAAUUAUCUACCUUACAGGUCUGCAGAGUAUUGCGACCACUUGAGAAAGUCUGUAGUCGACAUAGCGUAUUUGGGCGACUUCAACAAAGUUUCAACUCCUCCAGAUGAUUAUCAAGCAACUUUGAAAUUAUUUAUCAAAUAUUCUAUUGUUGAUAAAAAUAUUAAGCCCGAUUAUACAGAAUAUCAAGAUUUCUUAGAAGAUUCUCAGGAGUAAACGUAUGAUUU